GCCUGUGUGUGGGGUAGGUUUUUUAGAACAGACAUCGAAGGCUGACUUGUAAGAGAAAGAAAACAUCUGCAAAUACAAUGCUGUUUCUGCAGCUUGUGCUGCUGGUGUUUCUCCUCCCAGGUGGUAACAGUGAAGAUGCCUUCCAGAAGCCAGUCUCCUUCAGAAUUAUCCUGACCUCAUCCUUUUAUAACCCUUCCUGGACACAAAAUCAAGGCUCAGCAUGGCUAGAUGAGCUGGAGACUCAUGGCUGGAACAAGACUGGUGCUUUCAUUUUCCUGUGGCCUUGGUCCAAGGGUAACUUCAGUAAGGAGAGGUUCAUAGAACUGGAAAGAAUAUUCCAUACAAAUUCCAUUAGACUUCUUCAGAUAAUUCAUUACCAUGUCAGCGAAUGGCAGCUUGAAUAUCCCUUUCAGGUACAGAUUGCAGGAGGCUGUGAUUCCCACUUUGGAGACGUAUCAGUAGGCUAUGCACAGAUUGCUUAUCAAGGAUCAGAUCUCAUGGGUUUCCAGAACACAUCAUGGUGGCCAUCUCCAAAAGGAGGAAGUAGGGCUCAGCAGGUCCAUGUUGCCCUUAACACCUACCACCAGGCUAAUACAUCCCUCCACCCUCCUCCCUUCUAA